GAUCAAAGAUAUUUUACACCAAGUGCUUUCUUUCUGGAAGUAGCCCAGCUGGCGAUGGAGUACGUGUGGAGUGGUCAUACACACAAGAACACGCUUAUAAUUAUCCCAGCUUCUUGUCUCCACCCAUCUAUAACACAACUGUCAAUCUCAUAAGUACUUAAAGAGAGUCUAGAAUGCGUCGCCAAUCGCGUCUAUCAUAUCGAGCCAAGCUAGGAAUGCAUAUAAGGAUACCGUGGCAGGUUUUUGAAAUAUGGGACCAUUCUCUUCUGUACCACCAUCACAAAGUAUUAUAGCAACAUCCAGCUCAACAUGGCUUCCUUUGACCCCCUCGAUCCACAAAGUGUCCCCCCAGAGUUCACAAAGGAAUCUACAGACUGGCUGGCCAUAUUCAAUCCUCGUGUACCUCGCCAGAUGGACGUCCAGCUCGCCGCGCGGUUCGUGCACGAUGGUGUGAUAUGCAGUGUCAAAUUCUCCGCUGAUGGUUCCCUUCUCGCUGUGGGCUCUGAUGGUGUCGUAUUGUUAUACGAUCUUGUGAAUGGGGCUAAGAUUACGUGCCCAUUUGAAUCUGCCGAGUGUGACUCUCGAUCUAAACCCAACCACGUUCGUGCCGUCACUAUCAGUCCUGACGGAACACUCCUAGUCGCUGGUACUGAGGACAAUCUAAUUAGGGUCUUCUCCAUUGUUUCAUUUAAUAUGACCCACAUCCAUACCCUCGCUGCACACACUUCCGAAGUCUACGCUCUGUCUUUCUCAGCAAGUGGUUCCAUCCUCGCGUCCGCGUCAGGAGACCGGACAAUCAAAAUUUGGAGUAUCGUUCGAGAUGGCGACGAAACAAAGGUGGUCAAGAAAUACAAUCUUCAGCACUCGCUGUCCCAAUCUGACUCCAAUGCCGGCUUCGCCUCAGACAGCGACUCAGUCGAUGGUUCCAAGAUCGCGUUCACGUCCGUUGCCAUCGACUCUUCUGAACGGUACGUCGUGGCCGGGUCUCUUGACGGGAUAGUCAGGGUGUGGGAUCUGUCAGUCUCUCAGGUCCCACCCACCCAUAAUAAUGAUGGAGAGUCCUUGUCCUCGAAUGUAACUCCCUCCUUACACCUAAAAGGUCACACGGACAGCAUUUAUGGCGUUCUCUUUAUCUCGACAUCAUCUUACAGCGCGGACUUCGGGAUAGUGAGUGCCAGUUUGGAUAGAACGCUGAAAGUUUGGGAUGUACGAACCGAAGGCAGAGGUGAGGGAGAGUGCGUGAAGACCUUAAUAGGACAUAAAGAUUCUAUACUCGCUCUUUCGUGCACAUCCUCAGGCCGCGAACUACGACUCGCUUCUGGAUCGCGUGAUGGGAGUGUCAGAGUAUGGGAUUUGCGGAAGGGCGAACCUAUGUUUGGGGUAGUCGGGCAUCGUGAUACAGUCACGAUGGCCAGUUGCUCGCUUCUGGGAGCGGAGAUCGUGAAGUACGCAUAUGGCGAUAUACGAUACUUUGAAGUGCUGUACGGACCAACCAGCGAUUCGCAUUGUAUGGCCUUACUUCCCCGACCUUGGCGUAAAACGCUAGUGCAAGCCUGGAAGUGAGAUGUGUGAUGAGCAGGAUGUAUUUGAACUCAUUCACGCCUACAUUUCCGGAUAAUAUUCAGUUGGACUCGCAAACUAGUGUCUUUAGCGUUUAUCAUAUUUACACUUUUAUACAAAUACUUGAGAGGAUUUCGAUUGAGCUCUCGCAGACGCUCAACAUCUUAUUAAGAGUACCUUUCAGCAAGUACAUAUAUGUAAGCCAUACGCUUCCACGAUGCACAAGCAAAAAUCGAUAUAUAAAAAACAUUACGGCAAAAACAAACACUAAUCAAGGUGCAAUGGCAUAAUCUAUCCCCACCGACUUUUCUGCGCCUCAGAAUGAGAGCUGGAGUAGGGAUGAAACCGACCUCGGCCACGACCUCCCCUAUCCUUGCCUGGGGCUCGACUGGAAGAUGAUGCUUUCGAAGAUGUAAAGUCAAUUUGCGAGCGUUUUCCCUCUGAUGUAGAAGCCUUCUCGGAGCGAGCUUUCUGAACCUCAGCUUUGUGGGUAGGUACAAGUACACGAUCGAACGAGGACGUGUUCAAUGAUACGCCGAAUUUGGUGAACGGAUGCGGCGGAGAAUAUCCGCACAGUCGGAGAGAACGUAGUGGAAGAUAGUAUGAACAAGGGCCCACGAUACUGAGAACGCGAAAUCACUUACCGAUGCUAUUGGCAAACCAUUCGGGCUCGACGUCAUUUGGAUCCCAAGUAUCUUUGGGAAAGUUCGUUGUACGCUCAUUGACGUCAACAUACUCGACAAGCUUAGCAUACAGGUGAGGAUUAUGGAAGGAGCGAUUGGACAUGAGGGAAUCAUUGAAGUGCUUUGGAUUUGUGGGAUCACGUUUAAGAGCGUGAAAUUGAGCGAGUUUUCCUCAAUAGUGACAUCACAAGGUGUCUUUGAUUCUGAAGGUAUUCCCCAGUCGAGUAAACCAGGAAUCGGUGGAGGUCGCAAUAGUGCCCGAGUUCGAACGAGCUCGUCUGACGGUUCGGUGGAUGGUCCGGCCUGAUUUAGGUCGACUGGUACUUGUACGGUUUGUGUCGGGGCGUUGACGUUUACACUAGGACCACCCAUGAUAUCGGUUGAGACAUGAGCACGAGGAUGAGACUUCAGGUUUGCGGGGCGGCGUAUGAUGACUUGUGAUUUCGGUAAAAGCCCAACUGAAGCGAGUACUAUGUCAAUGCAUCAUUUAAAAAAAUGUAAAUAGUAUGAUUACCAUCUGCAGACGAAGUGAGAUGUGCUUUCGACGAUUUAUCCUAACCCAGACAGAAAGGACAGCCAACAAAGAGGGAAACGGCUAUAGCAGGUUGCAACGUAAAGACUCUUACAUGGGUAUUGUCCUUCACAGAGACAGGUC